AUGCGCGCCUGGCUCGUGCUGUGUGCGGCGCUCGCGCUCGCGCCGAGCCGGCCGCGCGCCGCCGCCACCGCCGUCGCCGAGCCCGCCGCGCCCGCCGCGCCCGCAGCGGAGCCCGCCCGCCUCGAGCACAUCAAGACACAGAUACUUGCAAAGCUGGGUCUGACGUCGCGGCCAACGCCGCUGGGCGCACCACCACGCGACGUGGUGCGUCAAAUCCUGGCGCGAGCCGCCGACACGCACACAGAGCGACCACACGAAGAAGAGCACAGUAUGAGGGAGAUUAUUGCGAUAGCACAUAGAGAUAUUGAAUACCCAGCUUAG